AUGCUUGAAAGCAAAUCAGAUUAAAUUGUUGAAAGUUGUUUGAAACAUCCCACACCUGAUGGUCUAGAUUAAUUUAAGUUUAAAAUAGAAGAAUGGUUAUACAAAUAGAAACAAAAUAAGGCGUUAUUCAUUUGUGAGGAGGAGGGAAAUGACAUUUAAUGUUUGAUUUCAUAUUGGAUGAAAGGUCUCAAUAAAGAUAUAGUCAUACCAUAUUUUGUAGAACAUGAGAAUUAGAAUUACUAAUAUGCCAUUUUUUAUGUUUUAUCAAGAUUGAAAACAAUUUUUAACAUCUCUUAAAAAGUGGAAAUCGAAGGAGAAAAAUUGAAAUAGUUUUUUCAAUAUUGGCUUGAAUUUUACAGUCGAGAAAUAUAGAAUCAAGUAUUUAGUGAUUCAAAAUGCGUUUAUAAAAGAUUGAUUUUGAUAUUCUAAGGAAUCGACAGAUUUCGUGAUUAGAAUGGUGAAGUACGAGCAUCCUACUGGUUACCUAGAGUUUUGCCUGAAAAUGUUAAAUAACUGGGAAGACUGAGUCCAAAGCAUAUGAAUAAUACUGUAAUUAAGGCGGAACCAUCAUUUAAAUGUAAAUAUCUUUCACUCACAUUGUAUAGUGACCAAAACAAAGAUGAAUUUCUAGAAAGACUUUUUAGCCAGGAUCGUCUCUAUAAAUUGUAUGCAAAAAUACCUUCGCAUCUGGCUGACUAAGCAUAUUUUUGCAAGUCUUUUGAACUCACUCUCACUAAUAAUAAUGAAGAUUUUCAGGAUGUUAUAAAAGAAUCUAUAUCUUAAAUGGAAAAUAUCAAAAGUGAAGGUGAUUUUUUUAGCAUUUUGAUAAAAUCAUUUUUGAAAUACUUUUCAGAAACACAUUAUAUUUCUAUUUUAACAGUACUUACUUUUGUUUUUAAGGGAGUUUCAUUGGAUGAGAUUGUUUAAAUAUGUAGUUGUGAGAAAGAACAUAUUACUUUUGUUUAUGAGUUCUUUAGAGUAUUUCUAAUGGAAAAACAAUAGAUUUAUUGUAUUUUCAGUAUCUCCUUUAAAAAUGCAUUAAUUCAAUGCUUACCUUCUAAUAAACAAUUAUAUCACCAAUUCAUUACUACAAUGGAACACUCAUAAAACUCAAUUAGAAAAUUGGAAGAACUAAUCUAUCAAUAUACUAGGACAAAGAGAUAUUUCAAACUUAAAGAAGUUCUGAUUAAUGUAGAGAACUUCUUAAUGUUGUGUAGUCCAAAUCACAAAUUUGAAUUAUGUCAUUUAUGGGAAACCCUAGAACAAAACGGAUAUGAUCUAGUGAUGGAAUACAAUAAAGCAAUCGAAAAUUUCUAAGCACUUUAUAAACCAACCAAUGAAGGCCUAUUUUACAUAAUGUUACAAAUAUGUAGAUUCUUAAGAGAAUUUAGUAAUUUUGAGAACGAUCACACUCCCCCUUACAAACAUCCUGAAUUAAGAGGACAAUCUAUUGAGUUUGAUGAGAUUGGUUUGUAUAAUGAGUUGAAAUAGUUGAAGAUGAUUGCAAAAAAGAAGACUAAAUAGAUGAAUGAAGAUUAUUUCCCUUAAUAACAAGGUAACAUCGAAACUUUGAAUAUGGAUAUCAAAGCCAAUCGAGAUUUCUUUAUUAAUUAUUACAUCAGUCAAUUCGAUUAAAAUCUAGUGUAGGAAUAUAUUAAUACAAAAUAAGAGUAUAUCUUAGACAAAAUCAUAACGAAUACAAGGAAUCAAUAGAAUUACUAUUACAAGAGGUGGAUAUGGGUUCAAUUUCCUUGGUUGGCAUUGACUCAAAAGAAUAACUAUUCAAAAUUAAUGGACUAUUACAAUACAAAUAAUAUACCUAUGUCAGAAGAAUUGCAAAUUAGUUAGAAAGCUAUAAAGUUGGCUCUGAUUGCCAAGUAGACCAAAUAGAUGAAGGAUCACAAUUCAACCAAAUUACCUUCUAUUAAUUCGAGUAUUCGAUUGAGAUAGUUUAGUCCUUUGGAUACAACUAGGAACACUAAUAUUUUAAAAACAAGGGCAGAUUCUGAACACAAUAAAACAGAGAGGAGUCUGAGCAAGAAGAUUUCUUUGCCAAGUUUAUAGAAAGUUCAAUUCCAAAAGAAAUUAGAUUAGAUUAUUUAUUAGAAUUAGGUGUUAAAAAAUAGAUUGAAAGAUUAUACCACCAUCAAAUAGAAUAUGUAUCCUGAAGAAUUAAAUGGGGAAACUCAGAAAACUUUGGAGAUCAACAAAUUUCUAUCAGAAGAAUUGAAGAAGCAAUAAGAGAAUCUAUCGGUGGUGUAAUUGGAAAUGAAAAGAAUGAAUAUCGUUUGGAAAUUGUGUUAAUAGAAUCAGGACUAUAAUGAAGAUAGGGCCUAAUAAUUAGUUAAGCAUUCAAAGAAUUUGGAUAAAUUGAUUACUGAAUAAAUUACUAUAAUUAGGGAAUUGGGUGAGAAAGUUUAAUCAAUUAAAUAAAAAUCCAAAAUAGAAACAAAAAAAGUUUAAUAAGAAAAAAAAUAGCUUUAACAUUAAUUAGAAGCAUCGAGGAGAUUAACCUAUUUCUAAAAUAUACCCCCAUCUCCAGAUACAAAUAAGAAACAUUUAAAUUUGUAGUAAAUUAAUGCCGUUCAUUCUAAUACUGAAGUCAGCAACAGUGGAAACGAGAUCAAGAUUAAGUUUGUUCGCUUGAAAUCUGAAAAAGUCGAAGACAACAUUUUAAAAUAAUUGAAUUGUGAUUCACACACCUAAGAUCUGCUAAACCAAUUAACAGAUUUAGGAAUCGACAAUCCUUAUCAAAAUCCAAAGUGGAUUGAAUUCUGUGAUAAAGUCCUGAAAAAUUAAGAGUUACAAUUAGAAAUCCAAAAUAGAUAAACCAAAUUACAAGAAUUAAAAAAUCACAAGGCCGAAUUACAGAUUUAUAAAAAGAUUUUAUCAAGAUAAGUUGUCUCCAAAAAUUCUAUAUAAUUUAAUCAACAUUACUCUAGUUUCUAAAGAGAUGAUGUGAUUAGAUCCAAUGACUUUAAAAUGCUUCAGUUAAAAGAAUUGAAAUAACACUAAGCAGUCAUUAAAUUCUAUAAUAAUAAUUUAUUUAACCUAUUGAGUACAACCCAAAAAUUAACUAGCAAUAAUAUACAUCAUAUGGGUAAUGUCUUAUGCAAAAUGACAUGA